AACACACCAUAGUAGCUUUGUGGAUUCAAAGGAUUUGCUUGCUUCUCUCAGAGAGCUGCCAUUCUUUGAUGAUUGGACAGCAGCAAACUUCAAAGUCUGCCAUCUUAUUUGUGAGUGGCUGGCAGCCCACCAAAGUGCUUAUCACGUUCUCUCAAGUGAUCCACCGCCGCCGCGUCAGAUAGUGCGAGGAGAUCCGCCGGAGAGGAAGGCAUCGCAUCGGGUGCUCGCUCCAAACUGACUUUUUUGUCUCUUUCGACACCGAUGCGCAGACCUUUUUGAAUUUAAGACACUUUGGAGGCGCGUUUGAAUUGCGCGUUUGUUGUCCAGGCGGAGGAGGACCAUGGCAGCAGUGGCUGUUCUGCGGAACGAGACGCUUCAAGCUUUUCUGCAGGACCGCACCCCCAACUCUUCCCCAGAGAACUGCAAGCACUCCCCGCUGGCUCUCCUGGCUGCCACCUGUAACCGCAUCGGACAUCAUCACCAUCACCACCACCCGCCGGGCUCCAGCCCGCCCGAUUUCCUCCAGGUCCCUUACGACCCCACCACGCUGGGCUCCCCCUCGCGCUUGUUCCACCCGUGGACUAACGAGACCAGCCCACCCGGCAACUCCACUUUUGGACUAUCCUCUAAGCCCCAGCCGUUGGGCUCCUUUGGCUCCCCGCACGAGUUGCCCCUGACCCCGCCUGCGGAUCCCGGUUACCCGUAUGACUUCUCGCCGGUAAAGAUGCUGCCGUGCUCCAUGCAGUCCCCCUGCCCGCCCACCUACGUGCCGGCGGUGAGCUACGCGGCGCCCGCCCCCAUCCCGCCCGCCAUGCCCACCUUUGUCACGGGCCACGCGGGCCAGAGACAGCUGUCCCCUAACCCGACCGAGGACAUCCCUUGGUGGAGCCUGCAGCAGGGCAACCACGUGGCCCACCCGCACCGCUUCCAACUGCAGCGCGGCCUGGUGCUGCACGGCCACACGGCCGACUUUGCCCAGUACCAAACGCAAAUCGCCGCCCUCCUGCACACCAAGUCGCCCCUGACUACUGCACGCCGCUGCCGGAGGUGCCGCUGCCCCAACUGCCAGUCGGCGUCGGCUUCCGGCGGGGGCGACGAGCCGGGCAAGAAGAAGCAGCACGUGUGCCAUAUCCCGGGCUGCGGCAAGGUGUACGGCAAGACGUCGCACCUGAAGGCGCACCUGAGGUGGCACUCGGGCGAGCGGCCCUUCGUGUGCAACUGGCUCUUCUGCGGCAAGAGCUUCACGCGCUCGGACGAGCUGCAGAGACACUUGAGGACUCACACCGGAGAGAAGCGCUUUGUGUGCCCGGACUGCUGCAAAAGGUUUAUGCGGAGCGACCACCUGGCCAAGCACGUCAAGACACACCAGAACAAGAGGAGCAAGUGCGUGGACAAGGCGGCGGUGGAGCACGUCAAGAGGGAGGACUCGAGGAAUCAUUUUCUGUGACCCUCAUGUUCAAAACACAAAAGUCAUUAGUGCAAUACGUUUUGGGGGUGAGCUUUUUUUCUCCAUCACGACAAAAUUUCUGGCUGUGUUAAUGACCACAAAGAGGUUUGAAAUCGCUGCAGCAUGUCUUUGAGAGUUUAUGGUCUUUAAUCGAAGACCUCCCCCCCAUUUUGUAAAUAUUAUUUAAUAGCUUUUGUUGAAUAAAAGUGUCAUUUUUUUUGCUCCAUGGGGAGGUGUUUUUAAGCAUGCUCUUGAGAAAGUUUGCUAUUGUUGAGAUGACCCAAAUACAAUGUGAGAAUAAAGAAUAUAUAACAUUUUG